UCGCACGAGGGCAGUCGCGCCGGUAGCACGCCGCCCCGCGAGUCCGCUUCACGCAGCGCGUACGAUGACAGUGCCCCCGGUAGCUUUCUACACAACGGUACACGCGUAGGCCCCAUGUUUGCGAAUUCACGUUUUACCAAGAUUCCCGUAGCCUGACUUGAGUUGAAGGAUUGCGAAACUGUACAAGUGAAGUUUAUAAAUACAUUGGCAUUAGUGCGAAGUGACGCUCGAUCGAGAUGAGCGCGUGCAGCAAGUUUGCAGACUUUUGGAGGAACACUUGUGGAGCAGGCAUGUCUCUCGACGAAGGCAGACAGUCGCAGCGGCCGUACCGGUACGGUAUGGUGCUGCUAUGCGCCGGAGCGCUGAUCAACUGGCUAGGACUAGCAGAGGAUUACGCCGAGCCGGUGCGCUACGUGGGCGUGGCUUGCAUCGUGGCCGGCGCGUUGCUCAUCUGCGCCGCCAUGUGCUGCUGGCUGCAGUCGCCCGCGAGGCAGCCGCACAACGAGCGCUCCUCGCCUGACACACAUCAGAUCGACGACCCUAUCCACGUGAUAUCGAUGCCGGACGAGGAGACGAUGCAGCAGAAGCCGCCGGACUACGACACGGUGGCGGGCGCGCCGCCGACGUACGAUGACGCCAUCAAGCUGAACCCCGCGCGGCUGCUGCCCGCCACGAGCAGCGCGCACGUGCACACGCCGCUGCCGCCCGUGGACACGCCUUCCGUCAUCCCCGGCCAGCCCGACGAGCUCGCCCCCGUGCACCGCACGCAGAUCCCCAAAACCCCCCCUCCCCCCUACAGACCGACCCACGCCAUCAGAUGAACCGCGCCCAUGUGCUACUGUUACUUUAAAUCGACUGCUGUUUCAUGUGAUGGAACUUUAGGCUAAGGACUCGACUCGAGUCGAUAUUGAAGCCUCGGCAGUGCUACGGUAUUAUUUAUUGUACGUACAUAUCCGCGCAUGAAACGAUCGUUUGUGAGAUUGUCGAGCUUAGCGAUGCGUACUUAUGUGAUAUUAAGAAUGUAAUUAUUAAAUACUUAAUAUUAAUUACUGUACAUAAUAUUUUUUGUAAAGAAGAUUUUGUUGAAAGUAUCUUAGGAUAAGUUAUGAACCUCUUCCAAUUGUUAUUAGUAUGAUAUUUUCCUACAUAUGAAGUUGAGUUUAAAUUGUAUAAAAGCAAUAGUCAUGAGAUAAUGUGUGUAGGAGUGUCUCAGUUGAGCUGGGACGGGACAAGCAGCAGGCUGCCAGGGUGUGAAGCCCCAAGUAGGUGAACUGACGCAGUGUUCGAGCACACGAGGAAGACGAAGGCAAAA